AACGGACGAAGCGGGAAUUAAAAUGAAAUGGGUUUCCAUUUUCAAUUUCGCGUGGGUUUCAUUUUUGUGCCUAAACCACUGCCGAGUUUGUUCUUCUCCUUGUCCGUAACACGCCGUCGUGGGACAGUCCACAUCUUUGAGUCACAGUCGUCGUCGUGGGUGAGAGAGCUACUGGGUGGAGUCGUUGUUGCAGGGGAGAGAGCGAUAAGAUCCAGUAUUUGCAUUUGGCUCCCUCUCAGCAUGGGAAACGGGAAAGAACACGCAUCUACAUUAACACCAUGUAACUCAAAUCCCCUAUCCGCGGACAUACCAUCAACCUGUCCAGAAAGCCCAAAUUACAUGCACCCUUACUAUGGAGAAGUGCCUGCGUGGUCACCGGGAUUUAUGCCAAAUGCUGGUUACCCAUUUCCACAUAACACGGAAACUCCAAUUGAAGUGCCAUGUACAUCCUCUGCAGUUGAAGAAAUUAAUGAGCAUAGACCAAAUCCACAAGAAUGGGAUGGAUGGAUCACAACUGCAUGAAUGAUUUUUGUGGCUUGAAUGGGUUUUUGUCUACUUUUAAUGUAUUUUUUAAGACUUUAAUGUAUUUUUUUGGAAUUUAAUGUUAUUUAUGUUGCUUGUAUGUAAUCCAGAGAUUUUUUUAUGGAUUUAAGGAAUUUAUUUGUGGAUUUAAUGGAUUUUUGGUGGAUUUGUGGAUUUAAUGGAUUUUCAUCUGCAAGCUAA